AUGAGAUCCCCAUCCUCGCUCAAGCUGCUGGCCAUAAGAAGUCUGCUGAAAGAUGAAGCAUUUGCUAUCUCUGCUCUGAAGGCCCUGCCCAUGGAACUCUUCCCACCCCUAUUCCAAGGGGCCUUCGAUGGCAAACAAACAAACAUCCUGAGGGCCAUGGUGGCAGCCUGGCCCUUCAGAUGCCUUCCUGUGGGAGCCCUCAUGAAGAUUCCUGACCUGGAGAUUAUGCAGGCUGUGCUGGAUGGCCUUGACCUGCUGAUUAAGCAGAAGGAUCGACAGAGGAGUUGCAAACUAGAAGUGCUUGAUCUUCGGGAUGCAGAGAAUAACUUCUGGCAGGUGUGGGCUGCAACAGAGGAUGGUGUCUGCCCUCCAGAUAUCAUUGGUGAGAGCCAACCAGCGAUGCAUCUUCCCAUACGACAGGGAAAUCAGGUUGUGACUGUGAUGAUGAACCUUUCCCUCCAGUCAGUGGAUCUCUGUUUAUUGCUAAAAUAUUUCCACUCGUGGGCCAAACAGAGGAAAGAUGUGCUGCAGGUGAUCUGUGAAAAGCUGGAGUUUGGGGCCCUCCCUGUCUAUAAGCCCCUCAUGCUGCUGGAGGUAUUUGAGCCAAGGUCUAUACAGGAGUUGGAACUGAAUGCAUGUUGGGACUUGCGAACCUUUGCAACGUUUGCCCCUGGCCUGGGCAAGAUGAGAAACCUUCAGAAACUCCUUGUGAAUAAUAUCUCCAUUCCUUCAGAAUGGUUUAGUAACAUAGAGUUGAAAGAAUGGUGUUUUACAGAGAUCAUUUCGCAGUUCUCCCAACUCAACAAGCUCCAGCAACUCUAUUUGAAUGGUGUCUUCUUCCUAAAUGAAAGACUGGACCAAGUGCUCAGUCUUCUGGAGUUGCAGGGGAGCAAGGGCCAUGGGAAGGACUUUUUGGGUGCCUGCUUGUUGGAUGGUUGGAAAUGCAUCAGAGCAUUGAAGUUCCGCCAGAGUUGGAAACAGGCUCCGGCUGGCUUG